AUGACUAUACAGACUAUACAGUACAUUUCGUUGAAUCUGGCGCCCACCAGCUUCCGAAAGAUUUGCACAGGCUCCCUGAGCCUCGAAGAAGUCCUGGCUGCCACACCUUGCCGCCCAAGCGAUGGAGCUUAUGCUGCGACGCUACAGAGCGUGCCUCCUGAUGUGCUCAAGGGGUGGAGCUUGGACUUCAAAGAGGCCAACUUCCGGAACUUCCGCUUUCCCGCGGCGGCGGAUCGCCUCAUUUGUUGGGCGCCCAAAGACUUGGCCCGGCGCCUUCAGUGGAGCUUUCCGCAGGGUGGCUACGAGGUAAACCACAAGCAAGGGGGUAGUGAUCAUAGGCCUGUGAGACUGGAGGUACAGCUGACGCUGCAGCCAUCUCGAGAAGAGCCUGUAAAGGGGGAGGAGCUUGAGCUUCCGCCUGACUUGCUGCAAGCCGUCGCUGAGGACGAGGAAGGUGAUGGAGGCGAAUCGCCUGGGCUGCUGAACAGCUUGGCGAGUGCAGUUCCUUGGCUGAGUGUGGAUGACAAACAUGGGCAAGCCAUCGCUGUUUAA